CCUCAUGGACUCAAUUUGACUGCAACUCUUUUCCAUCUUUUAAAGUUAUCCUUAAAAAGUUCCUUGCUCAGAAACAUAUUGGAUUAGGCUGAGCCAUCAUGAACACUAACUGAAAUUAUGAGGGCUCUAUGGACAGCUUAUAUGAGCCAGUCCCAGAACAACAACCUCACCAAGAGGGAACUUCUGGUAGAACUGAUUCUCUUUUCUCACCCUCUGGGGAAAAUGGAAACUUACACAACAAUCUCUUCAUGGAAGCUUCUCAUUUUGAGAAAGCAAAACCAGAAAGAAAGUCAAUCCGGAGAUCUAUGUCUGAAAGCAAAGUAUUUGAGGGAAAAACUGUGAAUGACACAACUUGGCAGGAGCCCAGCAAGCCUGAGAAUGAUUCCCACAUCAGAAGACUCUGUCAGCUAAAAGAUCUAAAUGAAGAUGAUUUUCUUUUGAGUAAUAAUAGACAUACUCUUCAAGGAAAAAAACUCCAAGGCAUUUCUUAUCAGGCCAUAAAAUCAGGUGAUGACCCCGCAGAAUCCGUGGGCACCUUAAAGAGACUACAGAAAUUGGUUUGGACCAAGAAAGCCAGGGUGCCGAGUCUGAAUGAGAUGAAACCUACAUCAAUAAAUCUCCAAGAUGAAGAUGAAACAUUGAUUUCCUGUAUGAAAUUAGCCAAAUCCCAAGAAAAGAGAGUUAAUAAUGUUAGUACAAGGAGGAAGGAAGAAAUGGAGAUUAGAUUGGAUUCUAUUUCUGCAUCACUGGUUAGACCCAGUACUUCAACUGGAUGCAGCUUGGCCAAAAUAUUAUCCCACAGUGGAGGUGAAGCUCAGAUGUGGAAAAGCUGGAAGCCUUUCCCAGAAAACCCGCUGUGGACAUAUGUUGAUUUCCAAAUUGACCGGGUUGGACCCUGGGACAACUGUUUCCACUGCACUCACCACCCACAUCUCAAGUCUUCUUGUACAGAUAUGGAUCUCCCACACUCAUGGCGCAGCAGCAGUUUUGGGAAUUUUGACCGUUUUCGGAAUAAUUCCAUAUCAAAACCAGAUGAUUCAACUGGGGUACAUGAAGGGGAAUGCAUAAAUGAAAGUGAAGAACAAAACAAAACUUCAAAUAAUGGAGGAAGUUUAGGUAAAAAAAUGAGAGCUAUUUCCUGGACAAUGAAGAAAAAAGUGGGUAAAAAGUAUAUCAAAGCCCUUUCUGAAGAAAAGGAUGGGGAAGAUGGAGAGGAUGCCUUACUUUAUCGGAACAGUGAUCCCACGAUUGGAACCCAUACAGAGAAGAGCUCCCUCAAAGCCAGUGACUCCAUGGACAGUCUCUACAGUGGGCGGAGCUCAUCAAGUGGAAUAACAAGCUGUUCAGAUGGUACAAGUAACCGGGACAGCUUUCGACUCGAUGAUGAUGGCCCCUACUCUGGACCAUUCUGUGGCCGUGCCCGUGUACAUACCAGUUUCACACCGAGCCCUUAUGACACUGACUCCCUCAAAAUCAAGAAAGGAGAUAUCAUAGACAUUAUCUGCAAAACGCCAAUGGGGAUGUGGACAGGAAUGUUGAACAAUAAGGUGGGAAACUUCAAAUUUAUUUAUGUGGAUGUCAUCUCAGAAGAAGAAGCAGCCCCCAAGAAAAUAAAGGCACACAGAAGGAGUGGAAAGGAAAAACCUAAGACUCUGCAGGAGUUCUUAGAGAGGAUUCACCUUCAGGAAUACACCUCAACACUUUUGCUCAAUGGUUACGAGACCCUAGAAGAUUUAAAGGAUAUAAAAGAGAGUCAUCUCAUUGAAUUAAACAUUAAAAAUCCAGAAGAUAGGAUGAGGUUACUAUCAGCUGCUGAAAAUCUUCUUGAUGAAGAAACUAUUCAGGAGCAAGAAAAUGAAUCCAUGUCCCUAUUCUUAAGCCCAGACAUCUCCUUAAAUAAGUCACAGUUAGAUGACUGCCCAAGGGACUCUGGUUGUUAUAUCUCAUCAGAAAAUUCAGAUAAUGGUAAAGAAGAUCUGGAGUCUGAAAAUCUGUCCGACAUGGUACAGAAGAUUACUAUCACAGAGCCAAGCGACUGAAUACAUAUUAUCAACUCUACAUCUACAAAUGUGUUCUAUUUUAACUCUUCUUGAGCUAUCAAUAAAAGAUCAAAAAGGAGAGGAAGGGAAGUAUUUGCAGAUACAACCUGAAGUUAAAAUGUUUUAAUAGGAAUGAUUGUACAUAAAAGCUCAUAUCUCUAAUGUUCCCAAUUAUUGUAAAUAAUAUGUAUAUUUAUCAUUUUAAAUGCUACGUGUUAAUAUUUCACUUACCUGUAUCAGAAAAAGGAUAGCUUAAGUUUUUGGUAUGUGCGACAUAAGCCUUAUUUGGCUUUAUUUUAUAAGUGCAAAAUAAUUCUGCAAAAAAAAAAAAAAACUUCCUUUUUUUAUACCUGCCAGUUUUGAAUUUGUGUAUAUUGUUGAAUGAAUAGUAACAGAGCGUGUGUCUGUUUAACUAAUUGUCCAAGCAAAGUGUGAGUUAAUACUGGAGACAUUUUAUCCUGAUCCACAGUGGAGUUUUAGUAAUUAUUUUUUGUUGAUUUCUUCACUGUUAUCUGUAUGAAAGUAUAGAUAAUGAUAUAUUGUCAAUUCUGAUUUAGUAAAACUAAUUUUAAUAAUUGUACAGAUUUUUCAUCUUUAAGUGUAAAUAUUUUUAAUUUUGAA